AUGCCCGCAGAGGCCCUUUGUGUCGGCCGCCUCGUCUUUGAGUUGAACCCCGAGGCCUCUCUGAAAAAAACGACGACCAAUUUCACUGCGCUGUGUACAGGGGAGAAAGGAAAGUGUAAAAAUGCACGUAACAAAGAGUUGUAUUACUUGGGAUGUCCGAUACAUCGCAUUGUGAAAGAUUUCGUGGCGCAGGGAGGCGACGUUACAAGGGGCGAUGGCAGUGGCGGUGAGUCAAUAUAUGGCGGCAAAUUCAACGAUGAAAAGGAUGGCUUGAAGAUCAAGAUGAGAAGAGGAACUUUGGCGAUGGCUAACUCCGGCAAAAAUACGAAUUCUUCCCAGUUCUUCAUUGUGCUCACGGAUGACGAGAUGCAACUUGCAAAGUUGAACAGCAAAUAUGUGGCAUUCGGAGAAUUAAAAGCGGGGUUUGAGGUACUGGACAAGCUGAAUCAAGUUGCUGGGGACGUUGAUGGGAAACCCAAUGUACCAGUGUGGAUAGGCGGAUGCGGGAAGACCAAUCAUGUAAAAUAA